GAAUAAAGGUGCUUUUAGAAUGACUCUGCCUCCCCCACCCCUUGCCAGCAGGAAUGCUGCAUGGAAAGCAUCCAUGUAUGUACAAAAACUCUUUCGUUGCUGCUUGAUUUCUGUUUAGCAGCUGGUGGUCUAACAGUGCAACUCCAUACACAGCUUCUCAGAAGAAAUGCCCAGGAAGUUCAGCGGUGCUUGUACAGUUUAGGUUUAUUUUGCAUUCCCUGUCAUUGUGCUAGUGGGAGAAGGAAGCCAGCUACUUCGCAAGAUGUGGGCACCUGCGAGCCUUUUCCUGGUGUCCGCUUUGCUCACUGGCAGGCUGGUCGCUGAACGCUGCCCACAAAUCUGCAUCUGUGAUAGCAUCAAAUAUCAAGUCAUGUGCCUGAACAAAAACCUCACAGAGGUGCCCGUUACCAUCCCUCAGCUGACCCAAAGAUUGGACCUCCGGGGUAAUGUAAUCAAGACAAUUGCUGCAGGAACAUUCCUCCCUAUUCCGUAUCUCACCCACUUGAACCUUCAGAGAUGCAAGGUGGAAAGAAUUGAGGAAGGGGCUUUCAGAGGAUUAGGACGGCUGGUCUAUCUCAAUUUGGCUUCCAACAAUAUAGUAAUAAUCUAUCAAGAGUCCUUUGAUGGCCUGUCAUCUCUCCAGCAACUUCUGCUAGAAAAUAAUCACAUUGAGGAGAUAAUGCCAGGGGCUUUUGGACAGCUUGGCUUCCUUAGCUUUCUUAACCUGGCCAGGAACUCUCUGGUUUAUUUACCAGAUAUGGUCUUCCAGGGGUUGCAGUUGACCAAGUGGAUCAGUUUGUCCCAUAAUUCACUCAAUGUGCUUGCCGACGAAGCAUUUGGUGGACUUCCAAGCCUUCGAAGGCUGAGCCUAGAUCACAAUGAACUGCAGUACCUUCCCACGGAGGCACUGUCCAGGCUGUCAGGAACAAGCCGCCUGGAUGUAGGACACAAUCCCAUCAGCUAUAUUGGUGAGGAGGCCAUUGAGAUGGCAUCCCUGAAACAGCUGUUCCUGGACAAUAUGGCCCUUCAAGAUGUUUCACACAGAGCUUUUGUCAAGAGCCCCCUCCUGCAUACCCUUGACCUGCACAACAACCAGCUGCUUGUGCUGCAGCCUCUGACAGAAAUGGUCCAUCUCAGAAAGAUCAACUUAACAGGGAACCCAGUGCUUUGCACUUGCUACAUGCGCCCCUUCAAAGAGUGGGCUGCAAAAAAAAGAAUACAUGCGGACGUUGUGUGUGCUGGCCCUGUUCUAUUUAGGGGAGAACAUCUGGAGUCUCUGAGGACAACAGACAUGAAGUGUAGAGAUCAUGCUUUGGAAGAGAAGCUGCUGCCCAGCGUGGCCACCAUCCCCAGGGGCUCAGAGGUGGAUGCUGUGAAGUGUCCCAAAGGAUGUACUUGCUCACUUGAUUCCCAGCAUGCAAAUUGUGGCCACAAAAAACUCCAGAGUAUUCCCAAAGGAUUCCCUAGCAACACCCAACUGCUGGACUUGCGCCAUAAUGAGUUCCACUCCAUACCAAAAGGCUCCUUUCCUGACUUGAAAAACUUGACGUCCCUUCACCUGCAGAACUGCAAAAUUGCUACCCUGCAACCUGGUGCCUUCCAGGAUCUGAAACAUCUUGUCUAUCUUUACCUCUCUAACAAUAACAUCUCUUCCUUAGAUGCUGCUGUUUUCAACGGCCUUACCCAGCUCACUUAUCUCUACCUGGACCACAACGGGUUCACCCAAAUGCCCAAAGGGGCCUUCAGGCUUUUGCCCAAUCUCCUUGCCCUCCACUUGCAACACAACUCCAUCCGUCAGCUGUCAGAAAAUGCAAUGGCUGGUAUGGAGAAGCUACGUUGGCUUUACCUUACUGGAAACCGUGUGGCACAGGUAUCGCCCAAAGCUUUGAGUCAUGCCAAGAUGCUGGAGAAGUUGCAUCUAGAUGAGAAUUCUUUGCAGGAAGUGCCCACCAAGGCCCUCCGUGGGCUCCCCAUACUUAGUGAACUGAAGUUGUCCAAGAAUCCCAUCAAGUACAUUGGAGAUGGUGCCUUUUUUCCAGUGGCAAGAUCUCUACAGCAUCUCUACCUAGAUAACAUGGGCCUAGAACAGAUUUCCUCUGGUGCCUUCACUGGCUUGGGCCCAAGAGUAAAAAGCUUCUACCUGGAGAAAAACAAAAUGCACCGUGUUCCUGACUUACAUAACUUCACAGCUCUGGAGGCAAUCAACUUGAGUGAUGUACCUUUCCACUGUGACUGUCAACUCCUCCCACUACGCAAAUGGCUUGACAAGCUGAACCUGAGAGUAGGAGCCACCUGUGAUACCCCAGCAGAUGUACAUGGCCAAAAGGUGAAGUUGGUAACUAUCUUCCAAAAUUGCCCAGGCUGGAGUAUUAAAAAGGCCAAGCAAACUAGCUCAGCUGAAAGCAAGACCAAGACUCGAAGAAGUUCCAGUAAGAGGCAACGUGCAGGGAAUGUGCAACUCAGAGGAAACAAGAAGAACAAGGCUGUGAAGAAAGGAAAGCAAUGAUGCUGAAGGAAAUUUGCUCUCAGUUAUGUCAGUGGUUCACGUCUGGAUAGCUCAGUAGUUUAGGGUCUCUUCCAGCUCUGCAGUUUUGAGAUUAUUAUUUACAUACUAUAAAUCCAUACUAGUAACUACAUGCAUUGUCAAAGGGAGAACGUUGAUUUGAUUUUACCCAAAGGUUGGAAAAGAUGGCCAGCAGUUAUGUUAAGAAAUUAAAAUACAACAUGUGUAGUUCAUAUUACUAUAUUCUGAGCAGUUCAAACCAUGUAAAUGUAGAUUCUGCAUAACUUAUUCUGCUGAUUAAGACACAGUGCAAGGAGCUUGCCAGCCUUCUGAGAUUUAACUGGAUAUAUUUCACAAAUGUCCACGCUCUUCAGAAAGAUUAAAGUUUGCUUUUUAAAAAGUUUCAA